AUGAUACUAGAUCCAUUAUCUCCUAAUAUUGAAAGCCAUACCCAGGAUGAAAUCAUUGAGUUUUGGGAAAAAACUGAGGCCAUUGCUAAUAUAUCAAAGGAAAAUUUGGACGAGCCUCAUGUCAACUCAAGUCUGGUUGCGUACCUGAAGUUUGCUACUGAUUCCUAUAAGAUUUUUAUCAAUACUGACCGUGAUCUCUACAGAAUGUCGCUAAUUUUGUUGGAAUCACCCUUAUUUGAGUUUAAAAAAGAAUUUUGUUUGAGUAAGUUGCAAUCACUACUUAAUAUUGACCUUCUAGAGAUGAAUAUGAAGUUUAUAAUCGUUUACAUUCUUCUCUGUGAGGCCAAAAAAAAUGUACACUCCUUGGAAAUCAUGCUCAAAUUCCAAGGAUUUACUGUAUUUUAUAAUGUCCUGUACACGCAGUUUGCCUAUUUGAGCAAAUACGGAAAAGAAAAGACGGUUGUUUGUAAACAGCAAUAUAAUCCUGAGGAUUCUAAAACGGGGAGGCCCCUACAUAGUCCAGACCGAAGUUUAACUGAUAUUGAUUUGGCUAUCAUAGAUGAAAUGAAGCAAAUUUCCACUGUUUUAAUGGAUUUGUUAUUUCAAAUCCUCAAGUAUUGUAAAUGCGUUAUUGCUAAUCUUCAAAUUGUCGAUAAUUUCUUUGUUUAUUUUUUGAUGGAGUCAAUGAGGUCCGACACCAUGGAUGAUAUGUUUAACAAUGCGCAGUUUAAACUUUUGUUGGCAUUAAAUGAGCAAUAUAUGAUGUUUUCUAAAGAGUUUGACAUUGAAAACAAAGUCUACAAAUACCUAAUUAAUGGAUCUGUUUCAAAAAGCUUCACUGAGUUGUUACUACUAAAAUUCAAUAGAGUAUCAGACCCUCCGUUACAAAUUAUGAUGUGUAAAAUCAUAUAUCUUAUCUUGACGCCAAGAGGUGACUACGUUCCGAUGAAUUUUUUCUAUACAAACGACCUACAUGUUCUUAUUGACGUAUUAAUCAGAGAGCUACAGAACAUUAGUGAGGAUGAAGAGAUAUUGAGAAAUACCCUUCUGAGGGUUUUGCUUCCAUUAUUAAAGAAUACACAAUUGUCCAAGACACAUUAUAGAAAGGAUGAUUUGAAUAAACUGUUGAUUUACUUGUCAACCUUAGAUAAUGUAUGCGUUGAUAGCCCAGCGUUGCACGAACGUCAAGUCACUGUGCUCUUAUCGCGGAAGUGUCUUCAACAAAUUCCUUGGUUAAAGGCACCUUCACCGCUUCCGGAUGAAGAUUCGUCGGCCUCUAGUAAUAUGACUAGUAGAAACUCCAGUAUUGUUACCUUGGGGGCAAUCGAUAAUCAAGAUAUCUUGGCUCGUAAAGGCCAUCUUUAUAGUAAUCGUGAAUUAGAUAUUUCUGCAGAAUCUUUGACUAAAAGAAAGGCUAGAGCUCCUCCUCCGCCUCCAUCAAGGAAAUGUGGAACAUCAAAAUAA